CGUUAUUCGCUUCUUACUCUCCACCCUAACCGUAUACCUCAUUGCCACCACGAUGCAUUCCUCAUUACUCCCAAAGAACCAGUCGAAAUGGAGCAAGCGACAGAUUCAAAUCUUGGAGUCCAUUGCCGAGGACUUCACCGUAUCGACUGUCCAGCUUGAGUCCAUGGCCACACAGUUUGUACACCAGAUGCGUGUGGGUCUCACUGAACAGAAACCGAGCGACCUCGCCAUGGUCCCGACCUUUGUCACUGGACGUCCUAAUGGUUACGAGCGUGGAAGCUAUCUUGCCCUGGAUCUUGGCGGCACCAAUCUUCGCGUGUGCCUUAUUAACCUCAAGGGUAACCAUGAACUUGAGUCCCAUCAAAAGGCUUUCAAAGUGUCGGAGCACCUCCAGGAAGCUAAUGUCUCUGAACUCAUGGACUUUAUCGCCAACUCGAUCAAGGAGUUUAUCACCAGUGAACACAUCAACGCACAAAUUGUGGCGCAUCCCACAGACUCCGAGUCGCUCGAGCUCGGGUUCACGUUCUCGUUCCCUGUUGCGCAGACCGCGAUCGACGGUGGCCUGCUCCUCCGCUGGACCAAGGGAUUCAACUGCCCUGGUGCUGUCGACAACGAUAUUGUCAAAUUGCUUCAGCAAGCGCUGGACCGCAACAAGGUCAAUGUUCACGUUGCCGCCUUGGUCAAUGAUACUGUCGGAACCCUUUUGGCACACUCUUACACUCAUCCCGGUACCUACAUCGGCGCCAUCUUCGGAACUGGAACCAAUGGUGCCUACGUCGAGAAUACCCAUAACAUCAAGACCAUGCAUGCCGACUCUGACGAGAUGAUCAUUAAUACUGAAUGGGGCAACUUUGACAAGGACAAGAAUUAUCUCCCCGUUACCAUCUUUGACAACAAGCUGGACCGUGAAUCAAUCAAUCCUGGCGUGCAUGUGUUUGAAAAGAUGAUUUCAGGAAUGUAUCUGGGUGAGAUCACACGAAACGUGCUACUCCACCUCAUUGACCAGCGCGUGUUGUUUGAGGGAACCAGCAGCCCGAAACUCAACAAGCACUGGUCGUUUGAGACAAAGUUCAUGUCUGCGAUUGAGGAUGAUACUACAGGCAGCCUGAUUCCCAUUGCGCAGGUUCUGGAGCAGGAGCUGGAUCUCUAUAUCAACACCCAAGCGGAUCGUGAGAUCGUCAAGUUUGUGUGUCAGCUCGUGGGCACGAGAGCAGCACGUCUGAGUGCCAUGGCCACGGCGGCCGUGAUUCGUCAGGGACUGGAUAAGGGCAUGCUCCGCAACCAUGGGUACCCCUUGAAGCUGAGCAUCCACGAAGAGGAGAGAGUGGAUCAGAAUGGGGCAUCGAAGGGUGCGGAUGCCAACAGGGAACUGAUCCAGGUCGGAAUCGAUGGGACAGUGUUUGAGCACUACCCACGCUUUGAAGAGCGCAUGAAGCAGGGACUUGUUGAACUGCUGGGACCACAUGCUAGGGACAUCAUCAAGCUAGACAUUGCAAAGGACGGAUCUGGCGUCGGCGCAGCACUGGCUGCUUUGAUUGCCACCAAGACUGCAAGCGCCAGCUCGCGUUAAACAACAGAACAAUACAAGACUCAUCAAUCCUAU